AUGUCCCAAUCCUCGAUCUCCCCGCCGGAGGACGACCUCAAGGCUGCUCUCCAUGCUCUCCGCGCAGGACAUCCCAGCCUCGGUGCCGCAAAAUUACACGCGCAACUACUCACGCAGCACCCGUAUUGGACUGUCAGCGAGAAACGCACGCGCAAAAUCCUCCAGCAGGAGGGCCUCGUACUCUCGUCCGUGACCUCGCAGAACCAGGGACAUGGGCAACCCGCGCUGAAAGGUGCGAGUGCCAACUUCCCGAGCUCUGGGUUGGUGGAAGGACUGGAUGCGCGCAAGUGGACGUCAAAGGUGGAGGUGCAGCAUUUCGGGAGGAAGAAGGGCAAGGGAUUGGUGGCGACUGAAGACAUCGCCGAGGGCGAUGCCGUGUGGAAAGAAGAGCCGUUUGUGCUCGCACCAGAGUGGGAAAUCUAUGACCUCCAGGUCGCAGGCCUCGCCUGUGGCUUCUGCAGCACACCCCUCAACCCGAGCUCUUCACUCGUCCUCCCCUGCUCCUCCACCUCUUCAGACUCCCUUUCCUCUCCAUCUUGUCCAGCGCGCUUCUGCAACCGCCUCUGUCUCUCUCGAUCCGCGCGCACCCACCCGCUGCUCUGCUCCGCGAAUAAUCCAGCGUCAGUCGGGCUGACCAAGUUUGCGCGGCAGAGCGAAUGGAUGGCAUUGCAUGCGCUUGCACAGUGCACGGCGCGCGUGUUGCUCGCGUAUCAGCAGGACGAGGCCCAGGCGGAGGCUGACUGGCGCUUCGUGAAAGCAAUGGCACAGCUGGGGAUGGAACAGCGCGCGAAAGGCGGGUGGCUGAACGGCGCCGAACCUGACCGAGCAACAUGGAAGAAGGCGUUCGAACUGUACAUGCAGGCGUUCCGCGAACCCGCGACGGAGCGCGAAAAGAAGCGGCUCGCGCGGAUACUCAAGAAGCCCGUCAAACCUGAGAUCGCCGACGCGCUCUUCACGUACGACGCCUUCCUACUUGGCCUCGGGCGCAUGAGCCUCAACUUGGAGGCCCACGGCGGUCUCUACAUCCUUCACUCGCACCUGAACCACUCCUGCGAGCCGAACCUCUCCGUGCGACACCUCGACCAACGCACCGCGCUCGCGCGCAUCACCGUCCUCGCACGGCGCGCGAUCCCCGCGGGCGAGGAGCUCACCAUCACGUACGUCGAUCCGAGCCUGCCAGUUGAGCAGCGUCGGCAGCGGCUGCUGGAGUGGGGCUUUGGGAAGUGCGAGUGCGCGCGGUGUGUCGGGGAGGCGAAGGCGCUCGAAGAGAGGAGGGCGGCGGGCGGUGCGGAAGAGGCGGGUAGCGAGGGAAAUGGGGAGAUGACGGAUUUGGAGGCGGAGCUGAAGGCGGGCUUGGGUGUGGUGUAGCGAUGGUAGGCUAUGUGGUGUCAGAGGUGACAGACUGCUCAGAAGAAUGAGAAGGUACAUCGGAUGUGUCGUUAGUGGGCUAUCUUGCAAAUGUAGCGAUACCGUACUGUCGAAUACGUGUACUGAAUAUACGUUUGGUCUGCUGUCAGCAUGGU